AACUCACAUACAGUGGCAAAUCACCCCCUCUGUUAAGGCUGACAUCAUCAUUCCGUUAACUUUUAACCAUCCAUUCAUCCAUCCCUCCUCUGUGUUUGAUGUGGCUUUUUUUUUUGCUGAGAUGGAUGCUGAGAUGUCUCUUGGCCCCACCACCACCUCCUCCGCGUCCAUAGAACUCUUCAGGUCCAGAUCCGACAAAUUGAAUUUGGAUCCUAGGGUUGAUCCUCAUUGGGAUUCUUACGAGGAGCCAUUGUCGUCUCCGUCCUCCUCUUGGUUCUCAACGAUCUUCUCUGAACGCCGGAAAAAGCGCCAAUCGAGAAUGUUCUACAUGGACAUGAAGGAACUAGCUGUCGGCGAACGGAGAUCUUGUAAGGUGGUCAAUCGGGGAAUGUCGCCUGUUAGGAGUGAGAAUACCGAGGACGAGGGUGAUGAUCGAGCGACGUAUGGGAGCUCGCAAGAGGCGUCGCCUCGGUGGCGAUGUACAUCACAACCGUUGAGAAUCGGUGAUAAAAAUGUGACCGAAAAUCCAGUAGGAUCAGGACGCGGUGGUAGCUCCAUCUCAGCAAAAGAAGCCACAUCAAACGCAGAGGAGAGGCGGAUGAAUGGACAAUUAAAAGUUAACGAAAUGACAUGUCAACCUUAACAGAGGGGUUGAUUUGCCAUUGUAAAUGAGUUGAGGGGUUGCUUUGCGCGUGAAGUGGGUUGAAGGGGUAAUUUGCCACCAGUCAAUAAGUUAAAGGGGUGAUCUGCAUGUUUUGCCGUAUUGUUUCGUCGGCUGCUUUUUAGGUUAAUCUGAGACGUUCAAUUUUUUGUCGUGAUGUGAAUCUGACGGUUAACAGUGCGUUGGAUAAGGUUUUCAG